AUUUUCAGGACCUCUUCCAUCCGCAAAAAACUCACGUAGAACCGCAGCUGAUCUCAAGCCGACGCCGCCCGAGUGAUCCUUAGUGCACUGGGCAUCAUGGAUCUCAAUCCGGCGCAAGUUUUGCCCGAUGCAAGCUGGCUCAUGAAAAUGCAGGCACAGGCUCUGCCUGAGUGCCUGGCCUUUCGCACCCGACAUCGGGCAGAUGUGGCGUUCAUCGUCACGAUGGCUGGGCGGAUCAUCCAGAUGCAAUCCGGGUUCGCCAUGUUGGAGUCAGCCUAUGCACAACCCAACAAUGCCGCCAAUAUCAUGAUGAAGAAUUUGCUGGACCUGUGCAUUGGUGUUUUAGCUUUCUAUAUCUUCGGCUAUACCAUCGCCUUUGGAGAGACCGAAGAUGUCGGCAUUGCAGAUGCAGGUUUCGACUUGGCCCACUGGUUUUGCUGCUUUUCAUAUGCAACCACCGCAGCCACCAUCAACAGCGGCGCCCUCGCAGGCCGUGUGGCAUUCUUCCCCUACUUGGCCCUGUCUACCAUGAUGACAGGCCUCGUCUAUCCCAUUUCUGCGCGUUUGGUUUGGGGCGGCGGCUGGUUGCAACAGAUGGGCUUUGUCGACUUUGCAGGAUCUGCAACGGUGCAUUUGGUGGGGGCUGUAAGCGCUUUGGUCAGCACCAUGAUCUGUGGGCCACGUAUUGGGCGCUUCCCAGAGUAUCGAGCUUGGCGAAAACCUUUGAGUUGGAUCUUUGGAGAGAAACAUAACGAUCAGUACUACCGCGUUCCAGAGGACCCCGUGGAGAAGAAGGUCUUCAUCCCGUUCCGUCGUUGCCGACAUCCGGUGCAGCUGCUGUUUGGAACCUUCCUGCUGUUGGUGGGGUUCUUGGCGUUCAACCCAGCUUCCACCUUUUCGAUCACUGACGGGAAUGACCUCGUCAUGGCCCAUGCCUCCGCGACCACUUUGCUGGCAGCAGCGGGGGCUGGCGUUGGAGGCGUCACCACGGCACGGAACGGCACGGCACGGUUAACUGGCAUGGCUUAUUCCAUGGCCCGGACUCGCUCCUCGGUGGUCCGUGUCCCGGAGCUCACCAACGCCGUCAUUGGGGGCUUGGUGGCCAGUUGCGCCUGCUGUACCGUGAUCCCGUUGCCCAUCGCACCACUGGUGGGUCUCAUUGCGUCGCUGCUGACGCUGUCGGUGGAAGAACUCUUGGUCUAUGUGCAAGUGGAUGAUGCAGUGGGUGCUGUCGCAGCCCAUGGACCCUCUGGCGCUUGGGGUACAAUUGCCGUGAGUUUGUUCGCACAAAAACACUGCGGAGCCGGAAACUCCGAAGUGGUGGGCAUCUUCUUCGGUGGAGGUACAGAUGGAUGGAAACAUUUGGGGAUCCAAACUUUAGGAGUUCUGAUCUUGACCGGGAUUUCCUUGGGUUUUACCUAUGUCAUUGUGAUGCUGGUGGAUUUCCUCUUCGGCUUCCGUUGCUCGCGCGCUUGUGAGUUGAUUGGCUUGGAUUUCUGGGAACAUCAGUUCGAUGAUGGAAGUCUUCAGACCAACAACGACAAGGCCACUCUCUUUGGCUUGGCUCAGAUGCGCGCCGAUCUCAGUCGCAGGAAUCGACAUUUGGACUCCGUGGUGCCCAAGAAAUGGCGCAGCCCAGCCAAGAGCUACAUGGAUGUGACGGCCAGUGAAAACUCCUCAAGUUCCGAAGUGUUUCCAGUCCCACACCCACAUCCUGUCAACGUGGCCAAUGAGAAGGACGUACAUGGUGACAAGGCCACGAUUCAAAAGUUGGCCAAGAAAGUGGAAGAUCUGGAGCACAAAAUCUCCCUGCUGACCGUUGGAAUGUUGCGUGAUCGGAGUAAAACCACCGAAGAUAUCUGCGGAACUGGCAAUCGUUUCUCCCGUGACGUGAGUGAGGAAUCGCCAGUGGCUCCUGUUCGUACCACCAAAUCUGACCGGAUGUGA